CUACGACUACGACUCUGACUUACAACAUACUACUCUUCUGCCACUUUCUCGACAACCCUACUUCCACUCGACUCGAAUUCAUUCCUUCAUCCCCCAGCUUUACUGGGGACUGCAAUCGGCGAAGACGAACAGACGUCAAAGGAAACACGUCACUCAAGCCGGCCUUGUCACAGAACCUAGUACAGCACUGUACAUAUCAUCCAAUGCGCCCAGCAACUCAACCCACGUCUCUGCCCUGAAACCACCAAGCACGAAGCAAGAAUACAACACUCAGCUCUUGACUAUAUAUAACUACUGUUGACCAACCACAGCCACGACUACAACCACGACCACCACCGCAUCCAAAAACCCACCACCGAACCACACCCCAACAUCCCCCGCACCACCAAUCCCUCCAAACCACACCCCCGAACCACACUCCAACCCACCCACGCACCCACAAGAUCCACAAAAAAAAGAUGACCCCCUCCCUCCGCCGCCUAACCCGCGAACAAGCCGACCUCCUCAAAAACCCAGACCCCACCUUCCACGCGGCGCCCAUCAGCGCCUCCAACCUGUACGACUGGCACUUCACGCUGCAAGGCCCCCCGGCCCCGUCCCCCUACAGCGACGGGAUCUACCAUGGCCGGAUCGUGCUCCCGCCGACGUACCCGCUGCGCCCGCCCUCCUUCCGGUUCCUGACCCCCUCCGGCCGCUUCGAGGUCAACCGCGAGAUCUGCCUCAGCAUCUCGGGGCACCAUGAGGAGACGUGGCAGCCGGCGUGGGGCAUCCGGACGGCGUUGAUCGCCCUCCGGAGCUUUAUGGAUGGGGAUGCGCGGGGGCAGGUGGGCGGGUUGGAUGUCGGGGAGGAGGUAAGGAGGCGGUAUGCGGCUGCGUCGAGGGGGUGGAGGUGUGAGGGGUGUAUGGGGAGAUUAUUUGGGGAGGAAGAAGGGGAGGAGGGGGGGGUGGAGGGGGUUGAGGGGAGGACGAAUGCGGAGGUGCUGGAGGGGUGGUGGGAGUUUUGUCGGGAGAGGGGGGUGAGUGUUUCUGAGUUUGGGGAUGAGGAGGACAAGAAGGGUGAGGGGGACGGGGAGGAGAGGCAGGAGGGGGGAGACUUACGUGCGGAGGGUGAAGGCGACAAUGCAGAUUUGGGGAAGGAGGAGGAGCAGGGGGAGAGGAAGGGAGAUCAGGAACCUUCGACAAUAGGGUCUUUGAAGUCUGAUACGGCGGUGUCUGGGAGAGGGGAUGCACAGAUCCAUACUACUACCUGGACAACUGCUGCUGCAUCGACACCAUCAACAACGACAACACAGCCAACAGCUGUGCAACAGCAACCUGACCAUACGCCGCAGCAGCGCCAGAUGCUGCUCCAACCUCAACCUCAAACUCAUCAACAGCAACAGCAAAUAUCCCCCGAUACCCCCUGGCUCGACCGGGCCAUCGUCGGCGUGAUCGUCGCCCUGGUGGUCAUGAUCCUCCGGCGCCUCGCCAGAGACGAGUAACCUCUCUCAAACAAAGCACGGAUGGAUAUUUCGGCGUUUAUGGAAAAUACUCAAACUCGGGCGUUGAUUUGUAUUGUACUUGUAUCUUCCCUGCCCGAAACUCGGAUGUCGACUACUUACAAUUUGAUAUCACCAGUAGACACAGACCAUAUCAGAUGGAACAUCACAAUCGAUCUUUGACCAUUCGAUUCUUGG